AUGAACAUGUGCUCAAAGACUGGGCAGGGUGACAGGAAAUAGAAAGAUUUGAGCUGCCUCUGCUGCUUGAUCUCUCACUCUUGCGUGUCUCACUGCUGGUUCAACAUUACAUCGUCUUCUCCAGAAAAAGAAGGAAAAUAAACUGCAGAAAAGCCAAAAUUAUCAACUCCAUCUACAAAUGCUGUAACAGACUUCAGGAGCAGUGUUUAAUAUUUUAUGCAUGCAACAGCUCUCUGCACCAUGAAGGGUCACAUGCUCAUGCAUCUAGUCUUCCUCAUUUGCUUUCAGUACCAACAGGUGACAUCUGCCUACAUUAGCAUUUCUGAAAUGAGUAUACUGAAAGUGAACUCGAUGAAAACAAGAACAGAUUUAAAAGACGCUCUCAGCAGUAAAGCUCAUGUACAGGUUACGUCAAAAGUGAAAAAUGACCCAGAAAAUAAUGUACAGAAUAGCACAUCUAGAAGUGGGGAAGCUUUGUCAAGUAAAAACAUAUUAAUUCGUACCACGACCAAAACAAACAGCAAUGACAAUGGCCAGGCAAGAAAGAAAAUUGGGCGUUCAUUACUUUCCACAGAAAAAACAGGAACAAAUGAGGGUAAGGUGAUAGAUCAAUCGUCCAGCAUCACUGUAAUUAUUUUGUUUGUCUUUGCUAUAAUACUACUCAUCUUCCUGUUUGUACUUUGGAGAAAGCUAAACAAAGAUGCAAAUGGUGCCUACCACCCUGCUGUGCUUUACAGGAGCUGCUGGGCAAAAGGGAGUGAUAAGGAGGACAAAAACACUGAAGAGGGGAAGGAUCAGCAACAGGAAAGAGGAAUCAUGGCCAGUAUACGCUCGGCCAUGUUGAUAAUUCGUGCGGCACUUCCUGGGGGCAGGGAUGACUCUGAAGAGCUGGAGGUGUUCAGCAGAGAUGAGGAAGAUUCUGAGGCAGAGUCAGAUGAAGAAGAAAAUAAAGCAGAAGGCCCAGAGAGCCCAAAGGAUACAACAGCUGACGUGGCAGAGUCAAAUUCCAGUAAGCAAACUGCAGUGGAUGCCUCAUCUGAAGGUAAUGAAGCAGCCAAAGCCAAGGAUUCAGAUAGUGAGGAUGACUACUCCAGCCUGGACGGCACUGACCUGAGGGAACGUGCUAUACUAGAGAAUCUGGAUGAAACAUCUCAUGCAGACUCACCAGUAUUAACUGGUGACACUCAUGUCCUCUCCAGCACAACCACUUGCUCCGAUGAUAAAACUGCAAAAUUGCCAGAGUCUGAUAUCACAGCAUUGUGACAAUACUCUCAAGAAACAAAGGAUAUAAGUGCUGACUAUGGACAUGGUGAGUCCCAGCUAAGUAAUGAAAGACAGUUACCAGAGACAAUUUAGUUACUUUGCAAAAUUACUAAGACAGACAGAGGUGGAAGCAGUCAGUAUUAUGAGAAGUACAAACUUUUUGUAUGAGAAGGUUUGCUGACUGUUCAAUGGAAAGUUGGUAAAAUAACGGAAGAUAAACUGUAAAUAAUUCUGGCUUGGUAGCCCAUAUCCAAUAAAGUCAUCCCUAUUUAGCCUGAA